CAGUAAUAAUUGGUCAUAUUACUUUCACAAAGACUGCAAAAAAGAAGACAGAGCAACGACCUUUGGUACCACCUCUGCAUGUAACUUUUAUGUUGGUUAAUAGUAUUACACGUAUCACCAAGGAAUCCGACACCGUCCUGUGAGGUUGCCACAUGCAUGAUCUCCAAUGCCACUGUUUGUAAGUUUGUGAAUUUUUUAAUGGUUCCAUUCCAUCACAAAACAGUUGAACCUGAGUCCUAUUAAACCAGCUUGAGAAGGGAGCACAAGCUGAAGAACCACUGAACUAACUAAACAAAAAUGUUGGCGGCGUUUGCAAAAGCCGUUGGAAAACCACCGGAGGAACUGAGGCUUCCGGCAGUGGGGUUCAACAAUUCAAAGACCCCGCAAGAAAUUGUAGAGAAAUUUCGAUCUGUGUGGCCGGAGUCUGCAGUUUACAACCUUCCACACGGGAAUUUUAUGGCUCUGUCCCAUGAAGACGAAAGUCCAAUACACCCCAGGUCUGUUGUUGUUUUGGAUGAUAUCUUCUGCAUUUUUGUGGGAGCUCUAGAAAACAUUGCUGAUCUUAGGCAUCAUUAUGGCCUUCCAAGACAAGCAACAGAAGCCAUGAUUGUGAUUGAAGCAUAUAAGGUCCUAAGAGAUCGAGCCCCCUACCCUCCUGAUCAAGUUGUUAGACAUCUUGAUGGAAAAUUUGCAUUUAUCAUCUUUGAUGCCAGGACUUGUACUCUUUUUAUAGCCAGGGUGAGCUCUGAUCACAAGGAUCGUGAUGGAAGUGUGGAAUUUCAAUGGGGAAUUGCAAGAGAUGGAUCCUUAAUCUGUUCCGAUGACCCUACAAUCAUCAAAGAGGGAUGUGGACAAGCUUGUGGAAAUUUUCCACCCGGGUGCAUUUUCAUUAACGGAAGUGGGUUGACAAGCUUUGAUCAUCCACUGCACAAAGUUCGAGGUGUUGUGCAUGAAGAUGACAGUGGAAAUAUCUUGAGUGUAUAUUUUCAGGUGGAUUUGUACACAAAGAUUCCCAGCAUUCCUCGCACUGGAAGUGCAGCUAACUGGGCUGAUGCUGCUGCUGCUGAAGUCAAGGGAGAAUAAUCUGAUCACUCUACUAAAAAAAGUAUAAUCUAAUUCAAACUAGGUAUAACAAUAACUAAAAAAGAGCUUUAGCCAUUUCAUCCCCAAGUAAUAAGAUUUACAGUGUAGACACUGCAAAAUCUUCUACUGUAGUUCCUAGCUAAUGUGUGCUGCUUCUAUGUUAAAGAACACUCUUCAGUUUUUUUUGUAACUUUGUAAGCAACGCCAAUUCCUUUAAUUUAGUCACUUCUUUUUCUUUACAUAAAUCUGAUAACGAAACUAUUUAUCAAGAAACUUUGCAACACAUUAUUAUUUCACCAACAAAUACUUUGCUGUUUCAUAUGAUUAAGGUUGCAACUUGUACAGCAUAUACUUUAUUUGACUAUUAUGCAGAGAACAUUAACAUAUUCGGACAAUUAUGUCAACAAAACACACUGUUAGUCUUUGUUUUGGUAUCCGUGGCUACAAGGUUGAGGUUCAAAGUUGAUGAGUGUUACACCACAGAAUCCACCUGGGGUGUGACAAUAGAGAGGUUUACAAAGUAGAGGACCCUUUCUUCCAUGUAAUAGAUUGUCAGUGCCUCCUCUAUGCAUACCUGCAUCAGGGUUUGUACCUGAAGGUGGAGGGAAGCCUCUGGUCUUAGAGGAAAAUGCCAAAAUUACAAAAAGCAAAAAUGCCAAAUAUUUUGUCAAUAUUGAUGUGGCCAUUUUUA